CUGCUCACAACCCGGAGCUGACUUCGAAAAUACUGGCUCUCACUGUGCCUCGUGACUCGUGCUCAUAAGCGCGACUGCUUGUGAGAACACAUUCGUAACCAGCUCUAUCCGUGCUUGAGUCAUCCACCCUGUUCGUUGAUGGUCUCACUGCGCCCUGGUCGUUCACCCACCUCAAUACACCGUGAUGGCGAGAGCGACAGGGAACAGAGGUGCGAAUGCGGCCUCGAGCGAUAGCGUCACUCCACUUUCAUCGAGCAUGCCUCAUGCUGCCACUGCUGGGCAGGUAGGUGAUGCGGAGGGCGGCGCUGCUGCUACUGCUGCUGCUACUGCUGCUGCUACUGCUACUGCUGCUGGUACUGCUACUGCAAACCAAACCUCGGCUGGUAUGUCGUCUCCAGCACCGACACCUGCUUCCAGCAGCGCAGGGAGCGCCAAUCCUCCGACAUUCAUUCCGGGCCCAGCUCUCCGUUCGGGCUCGACUUCCACAGGCCAGACUGCAACCGCUUCUCCACCCGUCGCUGGGUCUGGCAGUGGGGCUUCUCGAAGAGAGUCUACGAAUCCCAGACCAAACAGCGCCAUUGCUGCUCCGUCGGCUGUGUCAUCGUCGUCCACUCGCGGACGUGGACAGACGGCCGCAAGUAGCCUUUCCGCUCACACGAUGCACCCUGCGGCCGCCGGCUCGCUUUUCGGCUUCGAGCAGGCUGCUCAGUCGAGCCGGAGUGGUGGCAACGGACUCUUCAACUUUUCACAGCGAGGCACGCCAACCUCGAACGACACGAGCGGUGGUCGUGCUUCUGCUCAGCGUAUCCCUUUUACGUCUCAGGGCGCUCAAGGAAGUCCUAGACCUCAGGUGGGCGGUAUGUUGGGCGCUGCUGGCAGCACCCUGUGGUCCAGCAUUCCAACUUUCUCCUCUCCAGGUAGGCCAGGCGCGGGCAUUGCAGCGUCGAGCUCCCAUCACGGCUUUGCGGGCGCUGGUCAAGGCAGCUGGGCCCUCGCUGAUCCUGCUGGAUGGAGUGGGGAGUCGAGCGCCCCAGCUGCCGUCAAGGCCUUUGAAGAGGACACCAUCACGUCGUUCCGUUGGCGCAUCUCCGAUCUGAGACUGCUCCGCGACGAAGUAGAGAGUUCGACGCUCUCCGAUGGCGAGCGCUCCAUCUCUGCAGGCGCAGGCAAAAGCGAGAUCUGGACCACGCAGCCAAUCUUUGGCGACGGGAAAUGGAAGUUGGAGCUCGUGCGCACCUCUCGUGGAGCUGGAUCUUCUGGCAGCAAGGAGGAGGAGGAGGCUGAUUCGAGCGCUGAGGGGCGGAGCAAUACAGUAUUGAGCGUAUAUCUGACGGCGAUGCUACUGGACUACAUCCCAUCUCAUAUCUCCAUCGCCGCGACCAUCUUCGUUGGCCUCGCGCCUGCAGGCCGCUCGCCAUCCAUCAAGACAUCGCGCGACGGAGGCUUCGUCUGGAGGCAUCAUGCAGCUCACACGUUCGCACGCGAUGACGGCGAGUUCUGGGAGUGCCACGAGCUGCCGAGCCUGACCGAGCUUCUAGAGUUCCCGGCAGUUUCCAGGCAGAAUGCUAUGGAGCUCACCUUGCAAAUAUCGACCGGACCUCGCGUCGCUCAAACACCAGACAGUGGCACCAUCCGCACCAAGAACACUUCGGUGUUCGAAGACAAACACACGCACUCGGUUCCACGAGCGCUCGUGAAUGGUCUCGAAGGUCUCCUUGAUUGCAGCGCUACGGGAGAUGUCAUCCUGCUGGUCAAGGAGCGAGGUUUGAGACUGGCGCCUGAUGCCGAUGGCGAGCGCCGUGUCGAAACAGAUCCGUUUCCUAGUAGUAGCGGGACCAUGCCAAGCGGGGCCGGUGCAGUCACGAGGGAUCGAGUUCUGUGGGCGCAUUCAUCGAUUCUUCGCGCUCGAGGAGAGUUCUGGAGUGACAUGCUCGCCUCCUCCUUUGCAGAGGGGGUCGAGCAUGAUCUAGCAGAAGCAUACGGAGGUCGUCGAGUACGCGUCCUGAGGCUUCCCGACGCAGACUUUGCAUCAGCGUAUGCGCUUCUGCGUUGGUUGUACGUAAACGAAGUCGAGUUUGCUGAUGAUUUCAACCAGCCAUUGCGUGGAGAGUCCUUUGGUCUGCUUGAUGACUCGCAUUGGGUCACGGAGGAAGAAGACGCAACGCAGAGCCUACCCGAUUGGAACUGGCAAGAGUGCGUCAGAGACGAGGGCGAAGAGCACGUCAACGGGGCGGCGGCUAGCGGCCAACAGCAGCCUCAAUUCCCGCUUCACACAUCAGGUGGCCUUAUGUCCAGCAGAGCCUCGCACGGCUCGGUCAAUUCGAGUACGACUGCCGCUGCAGAGGGCUCCCAACAUGUCCCUGCAAGUCCGCCUACUACUUUGCCCCGCCCACGUCGACCUGGAGAGUACGAUCCGCGAGCUUCGCGCGCCGCGUUGAAUCAACAGAGUCCAAGCGCGCCGACUCUGGGUUCGGUACUCAGUCAGGAUCCGCAUCCUCAUCCAGUCACUGACUUGGCUCCAGCAUCAGCUCUGACCAUCUAUCGACUCGCUCAUCGAUGCGCUCAAGAUUCUCUAGCUGAGCUAGCGCGCGCGCACGUCGUGGCCUCUCUCGAUCCUCAAAGCGCUUUUCCCACCUUUUUGGCCACGGGUCUCUACGCCGAGCUGCACGCCGACGUGAAGAGAUACCUGCUAGCAAACUGGACAGCCGUCAGCCAUAGCGAAGCUUUUGAAAGAUCGAUUGAUGAGAUCUGCGCAGGUCAAUGGGGGGAGGCGGCGAGUCGCUCACUAAGAGAAUUUAUGCGCGCUCUGACGCCAUACAGCCCUCCUGCUAGGCGCUCUCGUUGAGAGCGAGCACAUUGCAUCGUCCCGACCACACUAUCGGUCCGCACCUCUGCUGCCAUCAAUCACAUCCGCACCGAUUGCAUUAGCUCCUCACCCUCGAGCACUCUGUCGCAUCUUUAAGCUGGAGGCGCAGAUAGACCCACAUGUAUCAAUCUUCACAUCAAGUGUCUACAUCAUGCACGAUCACGUACGACUUUCGAUUUAAGUUCCAUGGGCAUGCGUGCUUGUAAGAUAGAUGAAACGAGAACAAGAAUGCUGAUGCUGUAGU